UUUUAUAACACGUGUUUGUAUUUUGGUAAACAUUUGUAACACUUGUUUUGCGUGUUCUGUGUUUUUUUACUUGAUUGUGUUUAUUAUUAUUGCUAUUUCUUAAAGUUUUAACAUGGAUUUAAAUGUUAUCAUCGAAAAGGACUCUGUUCGUGACUCUCAUGAAGAAAUUUUGAACAAAGUUAAAAGAUGUGUUAAGCUUGGUUUCAAAGAGAUUGGUUUAUCUGUUUGUAUUGAUGGAUCUCAAGUGAAAAAUAUCCCAAUUCCUCCUCAAAUGUCCUCGAAUCAAAUCGAUAUUGGUUCAAGAAAUAAGAUCAAACUAUACUCAAGGUUAAAUGUUGCUGUUGAUGAUGGACUUCAGUUGCAUAAACUUGGACAAUCACCUAUAGCCAAGCAGUAUCAUCUAUUAUCUCUGGAACCUAAAACAGAGAAAGUGUUUACUCAACUUCUUGGAGGUAAUUUUGACUGUGAUAUUAUAACCUUUGAUUUCACUGAGAAAUCAAUUUUCAGCUGGAGAAAAGCCAAUUUUUCUUUACCUAUCUCAAGAGGAAUCCUUCUUGAAAUUAAUUAUAGUCAAGCCUUUGCAUCUCAAAGUAAUCGCCAUAAUUUAUUUUGUUAUGGUCAGAGUUUAGUGCGGAAAACUAAAGGAAAGAAUAUUUUAUUGUCAAGUGGUACAAGCCAUUUCAUGUUUUUUAGAGGACCAUAUUGUGUUACUAAUUUAGGUUUAUUAUUUGGUCUUAAAGAGAAUCAAUCUCGAGACGCAGUUUUCAUUAACGGAAUUAACGCAAUUCGACAUUCACAGGUCCGUAAGAAUCCUGCUGCCGCGGCAGUUGUUUUAGCUGACGAACUGUUACCAUGUGAAAAAUGGGUUGAAAAAGAGCUUGUCACAACCGAAGUGACGGACCAACAAAAAUCAUUAUCACCAGAAAAGGAUUGCUCUGAUCCAAAAAGAGCUAAAAUAGAUUCAUAAAAUACAAAACAAAAUGACAACUAAAAAAAUAUAAAAUAACAUUAAAAUGUUUAAAAAAUG